AUGCAUGAGUUGGACACUCCUCACCAAACAGAGUUUGAGAUCUACUCCCGGGCCCAUUGGGGCGAAAACUUUCCCGGAGCCUCAUCUUGGCUGGUCUUCACCUGGACCUUUGCCAACAAAAGCGGAUUUUUUCGGUUUGGUUUGGCUAAUGGGAACACCACUGAAGAUGACUACAACCCCUAUAUGUUACAAAUGGGCGUUCAAUACAAUCAAAUGAUGUUUAACUUAACAAACUCAGUUUUUAGUGAGAUUUUUGGCGAUUACCCGGAGUCUGAUCAGGCGAAGCAAAUGAUUUUGGCUUUCUUUGGCCAUCACAUCGAAGACAAGGAUGUAUUGGAUUCAUUCAAAGAGUCGAAAAAGGAAAUGACGAAAAUGUCGUUAUAUUAUAAAUUUAAAGCGUUUUUCGAGAUGAUUCAUAUGAUACUGUAUGGGCCCAGAAAUCUGAUCAAGGAUAAAACUCAUUACAUGGAUGUCAUAAAGUUUGAUGUGGUCUCUAAACUGAAAGGGAUUCCCAAUUCUAAACUAAUAUUCGAUGAGAUUAUAGCCAAUUACGAGGUGAUAGCAAUGGCUCAGUUCAAGAAUCACGGGCCGGCGUCUAUGGGCUCAUCCAUUAAACACAUGUUUCUCAGGAAGGCAUUGGAAGGAGCAAAAGAGAAUAAUCCGGAAUUGGAGUCGGAUUUCAAUUUACUAAUCUCUUCGUGUAAUCAAGUAAUCAGUGCUGAAGUGCCCAACACUUUGAGGGAAAUCGCCAAAUCCAUAAAAGAUAAGCAAUUAUUUAGACAAAUGAGUGAUGAAAUGGCGUUAAAGACACUGAUGGAGGGGACGGAUGAGAGUAAGUAA